AUGGAACUCGCCACGUUCUGCGAGCUGUUCGCCCAGCUUCGCGAAACCACUGGCGAGCGCUGCGGCAGUGCGCGCGAAUUCGUUGAUCAUAAUGCCAUCGCGCCCGGAUCGAUUGGCGAUCGAGCACACAUCGCGAUCUUGCUGACACAGAUCGGACCGGAAUAUGUCCUGAUUGUGGAUGCCAUUCAGAAUGACAAGGAUCCGGCAGCGUCUGGCCCGUACGUCCAUACGGUGCAGCAGACUGCCAAGAAAUGCCGCCAUGUGGCCGCGCAGUGCUGGAAGAAACAGCGAGAAGUACAGCCGUCCAGGGACCAUGCCCUGAAGGCUGAACGGACCAGAUGGGAGAUCGGCAGGGCCCGCCGACUUCAUGAGACCGAGGAUCAGUAUCGUGAGGGCGAGGGUGACGACCCUUUAUACCCACGCACCGCAACCCCGGUGGAUCCUGGACUCGGCCGCCACCAGCCACAUCUGCUGGGACCGGGGCUGCUUCAGUAGUCUGCGGCCCUACCGCGAGAUGCUGGACACGGCGGGCGAUCCAGUGGAGCCGAAGGGAUUGGUACGGUGAAGCUCACGCCGCGGGGGAAGUGCAACCAACCCCUGGUGUUAAAGAAUGUGUACUUCGCGCCACGCGUCGGGAUGAACCUGAUCAGCGUGCCGAAGCUGUUGCGAGGCCGCUACUCGGUGGUGGCGCACCCGCAGAACGUCUUUGUGCAACGCCGAGGACGGACGGUGGGGACCGCUUACCACGCGGAGGAGGAUCUCCUGAUCCUGUGGUGCCAUGUGAGCAAAAGGUCUCGAGAGCGAGUCCAACUGGCGAGGGCGCCGACGACCCGUGACCAUGCAGAUUCCCUGGAACCGCAGGCGGUGG